GCUUGCCAUACUGGGUCCUCCGCCCCUGUGGAAAAGGGACGUAGCACAGCUUGGUAGCGCGUUUGUUUUGGGUAAAAAAUGUCACAGGUUCAAAUCCUGUCAUCCCUACCUAUUACUUAUUUCUUCGUUGUAACCAAAUUUAAGAAAAGUUGUCGGAUUUUAUGAGAGUCGAGGAAACUUUGUCAUAGAUUUGUCAAAUCAAAAUAAUUUCCUCAAGUUCUUGUCACGUAAGACACCACAAGACGAUUAAGUGCGCUUUGCUAAAAGGAAGAAUUUUUAGUUCUCUGUGUUGUUAUCGGCGUGUAUUGACAUGUUGUUUUUCGUCAACUUUAUUGUUACUCUUUUUAAUCUUUUUAAAUAUUUUGUACGUGGUGAUUGAAGAGGUAGGAGGGAGGACAUACCUUCCCGUAAGUAGUGUCUACUUUCAAUUACUCAUCUGUCUAUCGUAAGAAAUGUCUGAAACUCUUUUAAAAAUAUGGAUGUAUGAUGUAACUAUAUUAAAAAAAAAUAGAUACACUUAAUAUUUGGAGGUCGUAUGACAAGGAGAACCCAAACGCUAACAAAGGACAAAUGAUCAAAAAGUGCCACGAAAGUGACGAGGGUAAAAGAUGUAAAAAGAAACCUUAUAUCACCGAGUCAAACCUCACCUCCGCUAAAAGAGUGCCGGCUUGACUGCUUCUCCUCGCUCACUCGUCCCUCACUCGGUAGGCUUUUGACAGUUUCCCUAAUCCCUACUAUUGCGAGGAUUCGCGGCGGGGAGAGGUGAGAAGAUGGCUACGAACGACGACGGCGGCCCGGAUCCGUCUUCCGCCGCCGCCGCCGCCGCCGAAACCGACGGGCCCUACAUCCCGGCGGAGCUGAUCCCCAACAUCGCCAAGCACCUGACGAGCCUGCACGACUUCUUCGCCCUCCGCGCCGGCUGCCGCGCCUACCGCGCCGCCCUGCCGCCGUGCCGGGGCCUCCUCGCCCUCCAGCCGCCGCACCUCCUCGUGCCCCACUCCCCCUCCAACAACCCGCUCUCCCUCUUCCAGCUUCUCCAGCCCAACUGCCCUUCCUUCUCCCUGGCCCUCUUCCACCUUCCCCAGCGCCGCCUCCUCCGCUUCCGCGCCCGCCUCCCCUUCGCCGGGGCCGGCGGCAUCCUCGCCUCCGACGGCGUCCGCAUCGUCACCGUCGAUGACGCCACCGGCGAGAUCCUCGUCAACCACCUGCUCACCGGCCUGCAAGUCCGCCUCCCCAAGCCCCCGUUGCAGCCCGACCGCGUCAUCCUCACUGGUGCAUACAUCUUUGCCCCCGCCACAGGCCGCACUGACAUACAGUACUUCAAUAUUUAUAAGUGGAAUGCCCAGUGGAGCGUCUCGUCCUACGGCAGCGAUCAUCAGAUUCGAGAUUGGCGCAUCGUCAAUGGAACCCUCUAUGCGCUCCUCCCCACUUGCGGACUUGUGAUUGCUUCGCGUCAGCCGGACAACUCUAUGGCACUGUGGCUGCUUGGAGGUGAAUUCAACGAACAUGUUCAGCAGGCUCUGCAGGAGAGCGUAGGUGGCAUACUGCUGGGGGACUGCGGAGGUGAGCUGGUUCUUAUUUGCAAGGUGGGGAACAUCGAUCCAGCUUACAAAGUUUUUCGGUGGGAUGCCAUGGAGGCGGUCUGGAUGAGGACAAUGAGCCUCGGAGGACGGACGCUGUUUAUUGGCUACGAUGAUUUCGUCGCCUGCCUUGAUCCAGGUGUCCCAGGGACUCGAGAGGACUGUAUUUAUGCAUCAUUGCCAUGGACUGGGGGAUGGAGCGAGUAUUCUCUAAUCGAUGGCACCUUCAACUGCAUCACUGCUAAGUAUCCAGGUGAACCAGGGGUGGGUUCUGGAAGGCCGCAGACUUGGGUGCUUCCAAGCUUGUUCUGCAACUGAGAUUAAAUGGAAUCAUGCACAAAGGAACCUGAUUUUAAUAAAGAAUCAUUGCAAUUAGCUUUUUUUGCUGUUUCCUUGCAGUAUUUGAGAAAUAACUGGGCAAGGGACUUAUUAGUGCAGUCUGGUGUUAGCUGUUCUCUGUGGCUACCAGCAACAACUUAUUAUGAAGCCGAAGUGGUGUUCUUGCAUAUUGCCAUGGUUCAGUGACAAUGCAUUAAAGAAUCAUGUUCCAUUUGAGAUUUUGGGUCUUGUUAGAAUUGCUAUUUCACAACAUAUACUUUAGGGAUGAUUUUGAUUUGCCUCCAAGGAUGGAGAAUGGUUAUACUAAUAAUGUUUUCAUGUUAUGUUAAAUUGUUUGUUACAGCUUAACUACUUGUUUAAUUUUAUGUUUUUCCCACUUUA